AUGAAUACUUUAGCAGAACUUCUACUGGUAGAGUUUAUACUGGCAGAACUUCUACUGGCAGAACUUCUACUGGUAGAGUUUAUACUGGCAGAACUUCUACUGGUAGAGUUUAUACUGGCAGAACUUCUACUGGCAGAACUUCUACUGGUAGAGUUUAUACUGGCAGAACUUCUACUGGUAGAGUUUAUACUGGCAGAACUUCUACUGGUAGAGUUUAUACUGGCAGAACUUCUACUGGUAGA